CCUUCAGGACCUCACGAUCCCCCUCGAGUGUCUAUCCACCCACUCCCAUUCACGUUCACAGGCUCCUCUAGCUGUCGUUCAUCCCGGUGAGCACAGGAAAACGAACGGAAAGAAUAGAAUAAAGGACGCCCCAAAAGAUAACAAAAACAAUACUCGGGAGAGACUUCAUAGGAAUCAGCUCGUUUGGCGAGUGGGAGAGAGACAGACAGACAGACAGAGAGAGGGGAAGAGAAUGGAGCAGAGUGUACAGAUGAUGAGCGCGACGAGGGGUAGAGUCUUGCAGUGUUGCGACCGCCCGGUCGCAUUCGCACGCAGAGGGAUGCCAAAUUCGCCGACACGAAAAGGAGGGGCGGUGCUGAAGAAGUCCGCACUCAACUUCUCGCUGUCUUCUUCUCCUCCUCCUCUCGCCAGCUCGCUCAGCGUUAGGCACCAGAGGAGGUCUAGCAUUAUCUGCAAGGCCCGCGACGCGCUAGACGAAGUACGAGUGGUGACCGACUCGAGCUGGAGCAACCUGGUGAUCGCCAGCGAGAACCCCGUCCUGGUGGAGUUCUGGGCGCCAUGGUGCGGACCCUGCAGGAUGAUAGCCCCAGUCAUCGACGAGCUGGCCAAGGAGUAUGCCGGCAAGAUCGCCUGCUAUAAGCUCAACACCGACGACUGCCCCACCAUCGCCACGCAAUAUGGGAUCCGGAGCAUCCCGACUGUCCUCUUCUUCAAGAAUGGCGAGAAGAAGGAGAGCGUGAUCGGGGCCGUCCCCAAGUCCACCUUAUCUGCCACCGUUGAGAAGUACCUUGAUCUGUGAAUUGAGAGCCUCUCAAAACAAUCACUCUUCAGGAUUUUGCGUCAGUACUUGUACUACAUUACUUGAUGUGUUUAUAAGAACCCAUCACAUCAUCGUAUGUUGUUGUUGUACAUGAACAUACUGCCGUUUGAAAUCUACCGUUUCUUUGUGGGUGAAGAAGAAUGGAGAUCUCUUUUGGCAAGAGAUGUGUUUUAAUUAA